GACGUAACUUCCGGGAAGGGCUUACUUCCAAGACAGACACGGAAGUGCUGGGAGGCGCCGGGAGCCGGUUUGGUUGCGGGUGUCUCUGGCCCUGCGGUCAGCCCUGGGAACGUCCCGGAGAGCUAGAUUCCUAGAGGCCCGAUUCCGCUAGCCCGGAACAGACAAAGCCAGCGCUCCCGCCCGCUCCCCGACUUAGGAUUCGAUGCCGGCAGCGUCCUGGGGCCCCCGUAGCGGGGCUGGACCAUGAGCCUGCUGGACGGCCUCGCCUCCUCGCCGCGGGCUUCGUUGCAGUCCAGCAAGGCCAGGAUGAAAAAGCUCCCGAAGAAGAGCCAGAAUGAGAAGUACCGGCUGAAGUACCUGCGGCUGCGCAAAGCGGCCAAGGCCACGGUGUUUGAAAAUGCUGCUAUUUGUGAUGAAAUUGCUCGUCUUGAGGAAAAAUUUCUUAAAGCAAAAGAAGAAAGAAGGUACUUGCUAAAGAAGCUCCUCCAGCUUCAGGCUCUAACUGAAGGGGAAGUACAGGCUGCAGCUCCUUCCCACAGUUCCAGUUUGCCCCUGACUUAUGGUGUGGCCAGCUCUGUGGGAACUAUACAGGGAGCUGGGCCUAUUUCAGGGCCCAGCACUGGGGCUGAGGAACCAUUUGGGAAGAAAACUAAGAAGGAGAAAAAAGAAAAAGGCAAAGAGAACAACAAACUGGAAGUUCUGAAGAAAACAUGCAAGAAAAAGAAAAUGGAGGGAGGUGCUCGCAAGCUGGUUCAGCCCAUUGCCCUGGAUCCCUCAGGACGGCCUGUGUUCCCCAUCGGACUAGGGGGUCUAACAGUAUAUAGCCUGGGGGAGAUCAUCACCGACCGACCUGGCUUUCAUGAUGAGAGUGCCAUCUACCCCGUGGGCUAUUGCAGUACUCGAAUAUAUGCCAGCAUGAAGUGCCCAGACCAGAAGUGUCUAUAUACCUGUCAGAUCAAGGAUGGUGGUGUGCAGCCUCAGUUUGAAAUUGUUCCUGAAGAUGACCCCCAGAAUGCCAUUGUCAGCUCUUCUGCAGAUGCUUGUCAUGCAGAACUGCUCAGGACUAUAAGCGCUACUAUGGGGAAACUAAUGCCUAACCUGCUUCCAGCUGGAGCUGACUUUUUUGGAUUUUCUCAUCCAGCCAUCCACAACCUGAUCCAGAGCUGUCCAGGAGCUCGAAAAUGCAUCAAUUACCAGUGGGUGAAAUUUGAUGUGUGCAAACCUGGAGAUGGGCAGCUACCUGAGGGGCUGCCGGAGAAUGAUGCAGCUAUGAGCUUUGAAGCCUUUCAGAGACAGCUCUUUGAUGAAGAUCAGAAUGAUCCCCUUCUGCCAGUUCUGGAUGCUGGGAAGUCCAAGUUCAAGGAGCGCAGAUUCAAUGUCUGGAAUAUCAAGUCCCAGCCCCUGCAACCCAGGCUGCUGCUUAAUUUUCAUGUCAGUAUCAUCAAAAUCCAAUGUUCUGCUUAAACUCAAGAUGGAAAGUCCAGUCCAAGGUACACUGUUCAUCUUUUUCUUCACAUUUUGCACAUCCUUCAAGGGGAUCUUUAACCUCUUUAACCCUUUGUAUUGCACCUCAGAUAAUGUGCUUUUUAGCUCAGUACAUUGAAACCAUAUGAUAACACAAAUUCACAUAUAAUUGGGGGUUAGUCCCAUCCUCUAUAACAGACUUAGUCCUGUCUUUUCAUUAGCCAUGUAAUAAUAUAACUCCAUGUUCCAUGCAACUGGAUUUUUGGACCUUGUUAAUAGCAUUAAGGUAGAGGUUCACUCUAUCACCUAACACCUCAACACUACCUGUGGGAUGCCUUAGUUACCCAGCACCAGGUUACCAAGGGCUGUCUGGAAAGGGAGGGACAAAAGGACCCAGAAGUAGAAGAAUGGGGAUGGAGUGGCGAGAAUUGAAUGGUUAAUGCACUGCCAUUCAUAAUUGCCAAUUGAGGACAACACAAAUGGGAUUGGUACUUUAUAGUAAUAAAUCUGACCAGCAGAGGGAGGGAUCAGGCAGCAGUGUUUAGAGCACACCACACUGGCCACUGUAAACUCAGAAGCUAAGUUAACUGGUAUUUUAUGAUUUUGAGUAUAGUCUUUUUAUAAGUUGUAUACACUUUACAAUGUAAAAGAAACAAACUUUGUAUAAUAGCAAAUUGGGAAGGGGACUGCUUAAAAUGUUAAUGCAGUGUUUUUCUUUUUUUUCUCUGCAUAAAUGGCUUGAGCAUACUGGCAUUUACACAGAAAUGAUAUAUGCUGCUUUUAUCAUAUAACAAAUAUUUUCCCACUAUUACAGCCUGAGUAAUACCCGUAUUAAAAGAGCCUCAUUUUAGAAAGACAUUUAAAAUUUUUGGAACAUACCACAUGUAGAAAGGUUGAACUGGUUUUUCAGCUAUAAUGCGUAUACAACUAUAGUGUGUACGUAUACCACAUAUACAUAUACUUGUAUGGAGAUACGUGUAAAAUGUUUUUACUAUGGAUCAUGGAUUUAAGAAACUUGAAAAGCCGGGUACGGUGGCUCACGCCUGUAAUCCCAGCAUUUUGGGAGGCUGAGGCGGGUGGAUCAAGAGGUCAGGAGAUCGAGACCAUCCUGGCUAAGUCGGUCUCUAAUAAAAAUACAAAAAAUUAGCCAGGCGUGGUGGCACGCACCUGUAGUCCCAGCUACUUGGGAGGCUGAGGCAGGAGAAUCGCUUGAACCCGGGAGGCAGAGGUUGCAGUGAGCCGAGACUGCGCCACUGCACUCCAGCCUGGGCAACAGAGCAAAACUCCAACUCAAAAACAAAAACAAAAACACCUUGAAAAACACUGCCUUAGUAUACUUAAACUAUCUUUUCAUCUAUCAGAUUGUUAAGGAUUUUUUUUAAAUUUGACAACAUCCAGUGUCAAUGAGGGUGAGGGCAAAAAAGGACUACCUUGGUGAGAAUGUAAGUUGUUUAAUCCUUUGGGAGGGUUAAGCUGUAGAUAUCUAAAUUUUAAAUAUAUAUUUAUCCUCUUCCAUGUUAAGAACCCUAAGAAAUAACUGGGGCAUGCCCUAUUCAUUACAGUAUUAUUUUAAUAGUAGAAAAUUGUUAAAAAUCUAUAUGUCCAUUAAUAGGAAAUUGGUUAAAUAAAAUGAGGCUUCCACAAACUGAAACACUCUAAAUCUAUAUUCUAUUACUUACAUAAGAAAAUUAUUUUGGUAAAGUAAGUCAAAAACAUAGAUUACAAAAUAAUAUGUACUGUAUAAAAUUAUAUAACUCAAGUCAAGUGAAUGGUUCAGCAAAAUAGUGUUUCUCUGAAUGAUGAAUUUGGGGGUGAUUUUUACUUGCUUAUACUUUAAUGUCCAAAUUUUCUACAGUGACUAUAAAUUUCAUUUUAAAACUAAAAAGUUCUUACAUUUGGGGAAAUACAGUGAAUUCCCACAUAAUGUUUUAAAUUACUCAGCCACUAAAAAUGAAUGUACAUGACUUUAUUAACAUAGUCAUUGCCUAAACCAUAUUUUUCACACUAUGUAUUCUAGGUUCCUGGAGGUGAAAGGAAUCUGGACUUAGAGUUCUUGGCUACCUCUGGCUGCCCCCGAAUUAGAACAGCCCAUGGGGGUAUGUGUAUUGGGAGUGGAGGAGUGGACGGGUAGAUUGACUUUUUCUCAGGCAUCAAUCUGUUACAAGGUUCAUGGUUUCUAUGGGGCCAGAUGCAUGAGAGGUCAAAGCAUGGGCAACAGGGGUUAACUGAACGAGUUGAAUGCUAGGAAGUCCUCAGGGGAGCCAAAGUUCCUUGUAAAGUGUGUAGAUUUUUUGUUUUUUAACUAAAUAAAAUCUUGGCACUGACAAA